UGUUUCCUGUUUGUAGAAAAAUCACUGCAUCUAGAAUCUGUUCUGGUUCUGAUCCAAACCUCGGCUGGUUUUCUGUGGAAUCAGACGUUCAGUUCCUGCUGCUGCUGUUUCAGUUGCAGGCUGAAUCACUCGGUUCUGCGGGUCCGAUCCGGUCCCUCUGACUAACUCUUACUGGAAUGCAGCAGCUGCGUUUCCGGCUCUGAACUCCUCGUGGAUUUCACAACCGCAGUGAAGGUCCAGGAUCGGAUUGGCUGCUGGGAGGAACACAGAACUCACUGGGUCCGCCUGAGCGGCCCGGUUCUGCAGAACCACAGCUGGAGGUUUCCCUCUGACAGCUGAAUCCCUGCCGAUCGACAGCAUCUGGGAGCAAAUCAGGAUUAAAAUGAUCCGGUUCUGGUUUCUGCUGCUGGUUCUGAUCCGGCUGGGUCAACAGAACCAACCAGGCGUUUCUCCAUGCGGGCCUCGGAACCUGACCGUCAGCCGAUUGGACCAGACGGUUCUAGUGCAGUGGGAAGAUGACGCGUCCUGCUCGGCUCUGAACGACCCGAUUCUCUACAACGUGACGGUUCUGGUUGAGAACCAGGACGUUCACUCAGACGGAGUCUGGGUGGCGCCGGGCCUCAUCGGGUCGACCCACUCCUGGCGGUGGACGUCUCCUGUGCCGAUGGACUGCGCUGCUCACACCUUCAGGCUGAGAGCCCAAAUCAACAACCAGACGAGCCGGCCGGACCAGCACUGGACUCUGCCGGAUAAAGAAGCGGUUUACAGCAGAAGCGUUUUCCCUCAGGACGCGGCGCUGGAGGCCGGCAGCCUGGCCACCUUCUGCUGCGUCGUCCCACACGGUCAGCAGUUUCACCAAAUGCAUCUGGAUGGACACACAGGCAACACCACCAAGAUCAGUGAGCAUAGAUACGCCCUGACUGUGCGGCUGAAACCCGUCAAGGAAUCUGGAGCGGACGUCCAGUGUGAAACCAAAUCAGGAGAGGUGCACGGAGCGACUGUUUUCAUUGGCUACCCGCCGGGUGACAAAGACCUUCAGUGUGAAACUCAGAAUCUGGAGUCGGUGGACUGCCGUUGGAACGAAGGAAGAAACACGAUGGUGAAAGUCAAGAGUGAGACACGUUAUCAGCUGGACGGAAGCCCAUGUGUCAUCGGUUCAGAGUUAAGAUGCUCUAAAAAGGUAAAGAUUGGCGGCGGUGAGAGGAACUGGACCCUAACAGCUCAGAACGUUCUUGGACAGGUGGAGAUCCGAGACUCUGCAGAUCUGACCAGAAGAGUUCACAUGUUUGCUCCACAUGAUCUCAGCGUUGGAGACGUAGAAGCCAGGAGUGUGAGGCUGAGCUGGAGCUGGACGGUGCAGCAGUACCAGAACCUGAGCCUGAGCUGCCAGAUGAUGGCCUCCGACGCUGACGGAUCCUUUCUGCAGAUCAAACAUGGAGUCGGACUGAAGGCGGCAGUUUUAACCGAACUGAAGCCAAACUGGAAAUACGAGGUGAAGGUUCGAUGUGGAACAGCUCAACAUUUCUGGAAGUGGAGCGACUGGAGCAGCAGAGUUUCCUUCCACACAGACGGUGAUGCUCCUGAUGCUCUGGACGUGUGGAUGCAGAAGAAGGGAAGCCAGACUGUGAUUGUCUGGAAGAAGCUUCUGGCCAAUCAGAGCCAUGGAGACGUCACCGGGUACGAAGUAACCUGGACCAGAACCAGCGGCUCACAUCGGCUCUACAAGGUGGAAGUCAACGCCAGCGUUCAUCGGUACACUUUGGACGGGGAUUCCAUCGUCACGGUAACAGCGAAGAACCAACAUGGCAGCUCCCCCCCAUCGACCAUCACCGUCUCUGCCGCCAGUCCAGAUGAAACCAGUAUGAACCUGUCCUGCUUCACUGGGAGUGAUGGGGGACUCGACCUGUCCUGGUCCCACCGUCCAGAAGCUAGCUGUGGCUACGUGGUGGACUGGUUUCCAGCGUUGGAGGCUGAUCGUGUCGACUGGUUGAAGCUGCCUCCCAGUCAGAACAGAGUCAGGAUAAAACCCAAGAACGACGUAGCUGGGCGGCGAUACUGGGUAUCCAUCUACGCCUGCACCCGCGGCGCUCUGCUGCUCCUGGAGAGGAAGGACGGCUUCUUCACGGAGAGACAAAUACAGCCCAAGUUUUUUCAGUCUCUGUCCUACAAACUGCGUGGCUCCGAUGUGGAGAUCUACUGGGAUCCGGUUCCUGCCAGACAGCAGCCUGCUUGUAUCCAUGGAUACGUCCUGUACUACUCUAAAAACCGGGGUGAACCCAUCACCGUGACCACAGAAAACCCAGCGGACUCCAGCCUGACCGCCAGGAACCUGCAGAGCGGCUUCUACACCUUCAUCGUGGCGGCGCAGACGGUGGCCGGAGCGUACGGCAACACGACCCUGGAGGUCCUCUUAAACGACGAGGGCAGUUUGAACAACAUCUUCAUCUCCAUGGGCGCCGUUUUCAUCCUCCUCUUCCUCAUCACAGUCCUGUGCCACAGACACUGGGCCUGCAUCAAGGAGAAGUUUUACCCUGACAUCCCGAAGCCAAACUUGGCCGACUGGUUCACUUCGCCUGUGAAGAGCGUUAACCCUUACCUUCAGUCGGGGCUGGGUUGCCAUGGCGAGGAGAACAUGGCCGUCCCAGAGCUGCUCCUCAAACCUGCAGAGCCGCUGAACAACAACAACCAGGAAGACGUGGAUCUGAUGUCACAAGCCCCGCCCCUCAACCACAGCAACCCGGCCCAGGGCCGCCACGCCGUCUCCACCGUGUUCCCCAACCCGACGUACAACCUGCCAGCGGCGGGCCCGGGGCGGCCAGCGGGCCCGGGGCGGCCGGCGGGCCUGGAGCCGAGCGACUACCACCCCCAGAGCCUGGCUGAGAUGUUUGGUCAGAACCAGGCGGGCCAGAAACCCAUCAUCUGUGUUUCAGAGUACAUCAUGGCGCUGCAGCCGACCCAAAGAGCCGCACAGAAAAAUGGAGGGAAACAUGAUGGAGACUCAGCAGAAUCAGGUGAAUUCAAUCGUUAAGGAUGUGAAUCCAACAAUCUGAUCCAAACAUCAGAACUUCAAAAUAAAACUCCUUCAGAUCGUCACAGGAUGACAACAAUAUUACCGUCCAAGCAUGAGGCGACAGGAGAGAGAAACAACAGAAACACUAAACAGAAUAAAAACAGAACAAAAAGUUACUGGGAGCAACAACAACUGGAGAGAAUCAGGAAAAUAGCAAACAGUAAGAUUUAUUACAAAGGAACAGAAAUCUUAAAAUGAGGGCAGCUAAGGUCACACCAUAUGUAGCCUGCGCGCUAGUAUGUAGCCUACAAGCUAGAAUGUAGCCUGCAAGCUAGUAUGUAGCCUACAAGCUAGAAUGUAGCCUGCAAGCUAGUAUGUAGCCUAUAAGCUAGAAUGUAGCCUGCAAGCUAGUAUGUAGCCUGCAAGCUAGAAUGUAGCCUGCAAGCUAGUAUGUAGCCUGCAAGCUAGAAUGUAGCCUGCAAGCUAGUAUGUAGCAUACAAGCUAGAUUGUAGCCUGCAAGUUAGUAUGUAGCCUGCAAGCUAGAAUGUAGCCAGCAAGCUAGUAUGUAGCCUAUAAGCUAGAAUGUAGCCUGCAAGCUAGUAUGUAGCCUGCAAGCUAGAAUGUAGCCUGCAAGCUAGUAUGUAGCCUGCAAGCUAGAGUGUAGCCUGCAAGCUAGUAUGUAGCCUACAAGCUAGUAUGUAGCCUGCAAGCUAGUAUGUAGCCUACAAGCUAGAAUGUAGCCUGCAAGCUAGUAUGUAGCCUAUAAGCUAGAAUGUAGCCUGCAAGCUAGUAUGUAGCCUGCAAGCUAGUAUGUAGCCUACAAGCUAGUAUGUAGCCUGCAAGCUAGUAUGUAGCCUGCAAGCUAGAAUGUAGCCUGCAAGCUAGUAUGUAGCCUACAAGCUAGUAUGUAGCCUACAAGCUAGUAUGUAGCCUACAAGCUAGUAUGCAGCCUAUAUGCUAGUUUCCUUCCAUUUACAUUUCUAAAUUACAUUUGAAAACAUCCUGAAUAUAAACAUCUUAACCAGUUCUGAUUCUGGUUCCAGUCAGAACUUGAAGACUUGAUGAAUCUUUCCAUCUUUUUGUUGUUCAUAAAUAACAGAUUGUAAUAUUUUUGAUGCAAAUAGAACAGGCUGAGAUGCGUCCUGCUGUUUUAAAUGUCUGGCUGCUGGAAGACUUGGACUAGGACUAAUUUUUCUGCUGCUUGUUUUUUAAAGCAACUUAAAUUCAACGACCCUUAAAGUUGAAAUGUUUGUAGAUAUUAAAUCUGUGUGAAUUAUGUUUGCUGUAAAUAAACCCUGCUGGUUUUUACUGAGCAGCUGUGAUGACACAGAGCCACCAGCAGGGGGCGCGAGAGCUACAUAAACUUUAUUUUUUUUACUCUUUAUUUUAUGUUUUGCCAAAUAAACACUGAAGCACCUUUAAGUUUUUGUAGAAUUUAAAAAAUGUAUUAAAUAAAUUAUAAAAUGACUGAACAGACUAAAUUUAACAUUUUUUGU